AUGACCGCCUCGAUGAGCAAACGUCAACUUGCUCGCAAUGAGCGAGAUUUGCAAGAUCUUGUUGUUUCAGUGCCGGGCAAUGAUCGAUGCGCCGACUGCCAGGCGCGCAAUCCAGGUAGUCUUAUCCUCUCUGGCUUGCUAGCUGAAGCUGACUCAAACAAAAGGAUGGGCCAGCUGGAGCGUGAGUCCCAAUUCCCUCAAAGUCGACCAUCCUCCACCUUGAUUGCUGAGAGCGAAGCAACGUGGUUGCGAAGAGUUGGGUAUAUUCCUCUGUAUGCGCUGUGCCGCGUUACACCGGAAGCUGGGUACGCACAUCUCCAAGGUCAAAUCUCUAAGCAUGGACACAUGGUCGACAGACCAAGUCGAGGUAUUCACUCAAAGCACACCGCAGGUGUUCCGACGCUUACACAGUCCCGGCAGAAUAUGAGACAGAAUGGCAAUGCAUCGGUCAACAAGACUUACAAUCCCAAGAAUACCAAACCCGGAAUACCAUUGGAUGUUAACGAGGUGGACAUGGCUAUGGAAAGAUUUAUCCGGCAGAAGUAUCAGGAAAGGAGUUUGGCAGAUGGCAAACCACAACCCCCAAGCCGGGAUGAGAUCAGUGUACCAGCGAGAUCACCGCAGCCAUCCCCUACGCCUUCAAUCCACAUUCAACCUCAAAAGAGAGGCAAGAUCUUUGGCUUCAAAUUACGUGCCUCUUCCUCUGCAUACCCGACCUCGAAACGUGAUACAAGAAACCUACCACCCCUUGAACCGACGAUUGAAAAUGCAUUUCGUAGCGAAGUGCACUCCAACAAGCCAUCCAAACCAAGGGUCAGCGGUGACAGUGAGAAGGACAAAGCCACCGAGGACAAGCUUGCCGCUUUGCGUGAGAUGGGAUUCCCAGAUGACAGGAGGAAUGCUGCUGUCUUGAAUCGUCUGAGUGGAGACUUGACUCGGACGGUUGAGUCCUUGGUCAGGUUAGGAGAAGGAGGACCUGAUUCACGAAAAACCACUCCAGCUGGAUCCAGAACUAACACGCCCUUAAGAGCCACAUUUCCAGACAACGCACAAAGUCAAGUCUCAACUGAACCACGCACUUCAAACAAUCCAUUCGACCCGCCAGCUCGCGCGGAUACACUGGCCGUGCCACAGGCGCAAGGACAACAAGCAGCAUCCUACAAUCCAUUCGACGUGCAGAAUGGACCGCGUAGCGCUUUCCAGCCAAUGGACCAGGCUUUUCAAGCUAUGCAAAUAUCUCAGCCCCUGUUCCCACACAGCACCGGAGGUUAUCCCGUUCAGCAGCCUCCCACACAAGAUCCGCGAUUUCAGCACUCCAUGACACCACCUGUCCCUCAUGCGUCCCAGCAGUAUGGAUAUACGUCGUCACCAUCUACCAUGUACAACACCAAUCCGUUCCUGCAACCAAUUCAGCAACAGAAUACUGGCGUAUAUGAUUCUUGCGUGCCCUCGCAGCAGAAGGGGCCAUAUUCGGCACCUGCCACGAAUCCUUUUUUCAGCCAGCAAUCUUCGUACGAGGCAGCUCCAACACCACCACCACCAUCGGCUCCUUUACAACCACAAAGGAGUUUCUCUAACCCAUUUGGCAUUCCACCUUCCCCUCAGAAUGCGCCUUUGCAACAGCAGCAAUACCCCACCCCUGUUGACCACCAACAGACAUUUCCUCCGUCUAAUGCUAUGCAACAACCUUUCUAUCAGCAACAAAGUCCACAGUCUCAUAUCCAACCUCCUUCUCAAAACUCAAUACCAUCCCAGCAACCACAAGUGCCUUCCCAGUAUUCACCUAAUCCUUAUCAGCCUCAGUUUCAAUCUCCAAUGUCGCCGCAUUUCCAUCAACAACCGUCUCCGUUGCGGCCACAACAGACUGGUCGCAUUGAUAAAAAGUCAAUUCUCGCCUUAUAUGAUUAUCCUCAUCUCGCACCCCAACCGAUGCCCGCUACACCAGACAAUACUACUCUGAUGGCCGGGACAGUAGCUUUGAAUCCGUUCUCAGUUACAGCUCCGCAAAAUCCAAACCAAGAACCUUUCACCAAGAAUGCCGCUACACCGGCAAGGAGAAGCGCAACCAUGCCUACCUCCAGUACGUCCAUGUCCCUCUCAACGGCGGGCGCAGGGAGCAACAACCCCUUUCUGAGCGGCAGUAACGACAUCAGCCGGCAGAGCAGCGCUGUCCCUUCCCCAGCUAUAGCACACGCCCCACCCGUGGCAUCAAACAGUAUCAUGCACCGGCAUGCAAGCCAAGAGAGCGUCAGCCUCGCCAAUCUGGAGAGUGGCAGGCAUUCACCGGACGCUUUCGCUAAUCUGAGCGCGAGGUUCGUGAGGGGUUAA